UGCCGCAGUUCGCAGUUGGCGCAGAGCUGGGCCGGGAGGGCUAGUGGGUAGCGCGGCAGGGACACCGCGAGGCUCCGAUCGCCGCGCUUGGAGGGCAGUUCCGCGUCCUCUGUCCCUCCGGGCGCCACGAUGGACUCCGAGGGCUUUGGUUGGCGCAAGCCGUGGGAGGAUUACCGCGGCGGGGCGGCGCGCUCCGUCCGAGUCAGCUUCUGCUCGCCGGUGCCGCGGCGCUCGGCUCGCCUCUCGGCCUCCGCGCUCGGCCCCUGGACUGACCCCCUGGAGCGCCUGGACCUGGCGCAGGUGAGCAACCUGAACGCGGAGCUGCUGGGGCUGCGCGCCCAGGAGAAGGAGCAGCUGGUGGACCUCAACGACCGCUUCGCCACCUACAUCGAGCGGGUGCGGGACCUGGAGCACCGGAACCGGGCGCUGCUGCUGGAGCUGGAGGCGCUGCGGCGGCAACAGCGGACCCCGGCGCGGCUGCCGCAGCUCUACCAGCAAGAAGCGCGCGCCCUGCGGGCCCUGCUGGACGCCGAGGCCGGCGACAAGGCGCGCCUGGAGGCAGAGCGCGACCGCCUGCGCCUCACCUGCGGCCAGCUCCGCGAGCGCUGCGCCCAGGAGGCGCGCCGGCGCCUGGAGGCCGAGGAGACGCUGAGCCGCGUGCGCGAAGAGGCCGCCCGGGCCGCGCUGGCCACCUGCGACGCCGACGGGGCGGCCGGCUCCCUGCGAGCCGAGCUGGCCUUCCUGCAAAAGCUGCUGGACGAGGAGCGGGCCGAGCUGGUGGCCCAAGCCGAGCUGGCCGCGGCCACCCGGGUGGCGGUGGAGGGCGCCCCGGGGGCGGCGGGGGCGGCUGCUCGGCCCGACAUCUCCGCCGCGCUGCGGGACAUCCGCUCCCAGUACGAGAGCCUGGCGGCGAAGAACAUGCAGGCGGCGGAGGAGUGGUACCGCUCCAAGUUCGCCUCCGUGGCCGAGCUGGCCAGCCGCAACCAGGAGGCCGUGCGCAGCAUCCGCCAGGAGACCGUCGAGUACCGGCGACUGCUGCAGACCCGCUCGGCGGAGAUCGAGACCUUGCGCGGCGCCAUCGACUCCCUCCACAAGCAGCUGGAGAGCCUGGAGGGCCAGCAGGGAGCCGAGGUGGCCCGCUGCCAGGAGAGAGUGGCAGAACUGGAGCAGGAGAUCUCGGAAGCCAAGGAAGAAAUGGCUCGCUACAUGCGUGAAUACCAGGAGCUGCUGAACGUCAAGAUGGCCCUGGACAUAGAGAUCGCUGCAUACAGGAAACUGCUGGAAGGGGAGGAGAUGUGGUGGACCUCUUCUUCCUCCUUGCCACCCCUGAUGAAGUGAGAGAUGGUUCUGUCGGGAGCGAAGGAACCUUCUCUGAUGACCACCCUCCUUCUCGUCCUCGCCCCUUGAACCUCCCUGCCUCCCCAUCAAGUUGCUUGCGCCCUCAUUGGCUGGGCUGGUGCCCAGCUGGCCUUGGAACUGGCCCCCCCCCAUGGCUCUAGGGAGGGUGGAGGAGCCGGUUCCCCAGGCCAGCCUCACCCCCUGCUCAUCCGGCUCUGCUCUUUUCAUCCACCAUGAGAUGCGCCUCUCUCUCUCUCUCUCUCUCUCUCUCUCUCUCUCUCUCUCUCUCUGUGUGUGUGUGUGUGUCCCUCCUGGCUCCAGAGGCAGCCCCUUCCCCUGCAGUGAGGCUGCCUCCCCCCCCCCACUUUUAAGCCCCUCACCUUUGGAGGAUAAUAAGCAGGAAACAAGCAGCCUUGCACCUGAAAUUGGGUGCGCGGCGGAGGGGUCUUACGUUUUGUACUACUUAAUUAAUGUUGUGUUUUCAGCAAGGUCUGGGCUAAUUGGGACACAUAGUGGGGGGGGGCGGCUGUGUCAGGGUCGGGGCUGCCUCCUUGCCUUAGCUGGGCGAAGGGGUCUCUGUAAGGGGAAGGGGCUGCACUGCUGCUCCCCCUUUGAGGGCUGCAUGGCUCCCCCCAGUGCCUGUGGGUGGAGUCAGUGUGGACGCCAUGGGGACUGUGGAACAGGGCCAGUAGGGGCUGCCCAGAAUUGGGAUGGGGGGGGGCUAGCAGGGCUUCCAGGGAAAGAAGGGCAUUUAAUUAUUAGGAAUAUUUCAUAUGUGUGGGUUCAGAGUUGAGGGUGGAGUACUGGUCCCCCCUGCCAUUAGCCAAGGGCUUAAUCCAGCCCAGCUCUUGGGUCCAAAAGGCUCUCAGAACUGGUCACAAAUCUGUAUACAAACAAAAAACCAAUACA